GGGGCGGCCAUGGCGACGGGCGGCGGCGGCGGCCCGGGGCGCCCGGGAGGGCCGCGGGCCCAGGCGCCGAUUCGAACGGAAAGCAAGAGGAUGAGCAGGCAGACGGAUGCGGUGGAGAAAAGGGGACCGUACAUCAUGAGCAAGCCGCCCUCCGUACAUGCCAAACUGCAGCGGCAGCGAGAGCUGGCGAAGGCAGUGCUGCGAAGGCAAGGCCUGCUGGGGGGAACCGCUCUGCACCCACCGAAGCCAGCAGCUAAAAGGUCAGUGAAAUUUAACAAGGGCUACACGGCUCUCAGCCAGACAGCAGACGAACACUUGGUAUCCCUCGAUUCAGACAGUGACGGGGAGCUGGAAUCAAGAUGUUCCUCUGGCUACUCUUCUGCUGAGCAGGUGAACCAGGAUCUGAGCCGACAGCUGCUGCAGGAUGGGUACCAUCUAGAUGAGGUUCCAGAUGAUGAAGACCUGGAUCUCAUCCCCCCUAAACCCGUUGCCUCCUCUUGUUGCCUGUGUUGCUUCAGAGACUCUCUCUCCUGCGUGAUCCAGUAGGCGCUGCUCGCAGAACAGGUCGUAAGCCAGCACUUUCCGCUUUGUCCCUUGGGAUGUUUGUGGGUGUCAGUGUCCCACACCGGGACAGUGACUCAAAAACUGAAUGCUGCUACACUGCUGCGCUGCUGCUCUUGGUGAGCAGCAGCUGCUGACCAACCCAAAACUACUUUUUGUUACACAUAGCAAUAUAACAGAGAGAUUGCACAGCGACGUUUAGCCUGCUUGGAUGGGACUUUUUACUUUGCCAGGCAUGAGAAGCUCUUAGCUAGCAGAGGUGGGGAGAAAAGAGGCAGAAAGCAGGUGGCCUUCUCAAGGAGUGUAAAAGGAAAGCGUGUGGAGCUCAUGCUGGUGAGCAGCAGGAAUAUGGACAGCAGCAGUGGACACAUGCUGGAUUUCUUGGCCAGCUCUUUCCUCCUUUCAAUCUGUCAUGCCUGGGAAUUAGGAUCCGGCAUUGCCCUGAACCACAGCCUGCGGGUGCUGCCGUGAAGGGCUCCUGUGUCUCCCCAGAGACCUCUUCGCAGCAGGACCUCAGGGCCUGACAGAUGAGCAAAGGAGUGAAAUUCCAUGCCAGAAUAAGCUGCUUGUGAGCUGACUGCCCUGGCUUGGCUGGCCUGCGUGUGUUGCUUUAGCCCUUGAGGAGCUCCCCAGCUUUGUCCUUCUGGAGUUUAUUUUUAGCGGGAGCUUUGACUGCAAGCAUUAGUUGCCCCUUCCUGGACCUCCUUCACUCAGAGUUUGUGUUUGUGCUGGGGUUGAACUGCUGAUGUGCAGGACCUGCCAGCCCACCCAUCGGCGGUGGCCAGGCCCUUUCCUUCCUUGUGGAGGGGACUGAAGGAACCUUUUCUAUUUAUUUAUUUUAUGCUCAGCAGUUACCUCUCCUCCCUGGCUGGAUGAGGCCAAACCACAGAGGUCAGCGAAGGCUAGCAGAGUGCUCAGGAAGUGCUACUGGAGGAGAGCUGCCUAAUUAGUGCAUUUAAUGCUGUCUGUAAUUGCUGCUGGUUUUCCUUCUCCCAAAGCCUGGACAUGCCGAUCUGAACCAAAGAUUACUGCUCUGGAGGAUGAAGGAGGACAGUGCAGUGGUGGAUGCUAAGAAGAUAAGAGGAAACCAAGUAGAGCAGAUCUGUGCAGGCUCCAGAGCUUUAAGCAUUCGCGUUUGUUACACACACCAGAAGUUACUGCAUUGUCUGCUGAGAACUUCCCUGCUUUCCACAUCUUGGAGGGACCAGUUACGUGCUUGAUUCAAUGGCAGUCUGACUGGACCACUGGUACAUGGUAUUGGAGUAACUCUGCUGGGAUCUCUGUGCUCUCCAAAGCCAUCACUUCUCUCUACUUACUCAGGAGUCUGAGGGAGUCCAGGGCCAGCUGUGACCAUGGGAAGGCAGACUCCAGAACAGAGAUGUAACUUCAGUCUGUUGAGUUUUCCUAAAACUCUCUUUGGGAUAUUUAUUUAUUCUCUGCUUACUCACAUUGUUGCUGUCAGAUCAGCGCAACAGAUGCACCUCUGAGAGUGCAUCCGUCCUACUCUUUGAUAGGAGCACUGGGAGGCUGCUGCUGAUGCUGUUCUGGAUCACUCAUGAUGCUGGAGCAAGCAUCCAGAGUGCUCCCAAGCCACAGAUUGCUGACCCUUAUGAGGACACAGCUUGCUAUGGUCUUCCUUCUGUCUGUAAAAAGUCAAAUUUUAAACAACUCAACUUCACUGUAAUGUCCUUCAGCACUCGCUGUCUGCGCUGUUUCUACUAUUUGCUUCCCUGUCCCGCCAGGAUGAACGUAGAUGUUGAAAUGGCUCUGCUUGGCCAGGUUGUCCCUCAGACACGAGCAGUUGUUCGUUGUAGUGCGUCUGUGUUGCGGAGGAGAGUGACCAGGGCUGAUGCCAAGGUCUGCCUGCUUUGUGCUGGAAUAUAUGUUUUUUCUUUCUUGUUAGAUACAGAAAGGGAUGAAGCUGUGCAAUAUCUCUGCAGAUCUGGGUUUUUUUGUUUGUUUGAUUGUUUUUUUUUCUUUGUUAGCAGCAGUAGUCUGUAGCCCCCAGGUCUUUGUGUCCACAGUGUGGUGUCCAUCGUGAGGAACACUUGUCUGCCUGUAUCGCUGCUGUUCGGGGUCGUGGAUCUGAGGACGGCAGAGGCGAGGAUUCGAAGUGGGGACAGCCUGGGGGGUUGCUCACCUAUUGCAGUAACGCUACAGUGGCAGCCACUGCUGCAUCUUGGCUUAAGGGAAGGGCUUGAGAGCAGCGUGUUGUGCUGCUGACAGCCUGCCUGGCACAUGGCCCCAUCUGCUGCUGAUGGUUCUGUCCUUGCCUGAUGAAGUCCAUGUACUGUAUUAAUGAAGUGAUUUGUACUUUUUUUCCCUUGGGCACCUUCCCAGCUGCUGCCCCAGAGCAGUGAGGCCAAGCUCGACCUUCUCUUUACAUUCCCUUCUUUACAGGGCAGCCCUCUUCAAGGGCUGCAGGCUGCUUCGGGGGCAGAAAAGGACAGCAUUGUACAGAGUGCUUGGACUCCAGCUGAUUUGGGUUUUCAAUGCAGAAACCUGCUGCCGUACUGUAGCAUGUAGCAAGCAGAAAUGUGUUCUGGUCAGCAUGCUAAUAUGGCACAAGGGAAGGGUUUACAAAGGAUAUUUUCUUGCUGGCACAGAGGAGUCGUGUGACAGGGCCGUGCAGCUCAUGAGUAGGGUGUGUGUUUUGAGGGUUGAGUCCUUUUUCGUGUUUAACCUCUGACUUGCCUUCACUUCAUUGAAGCAGGAAGCUGAAAAACACUGUGCUCACCUGCUGCACCUCAGGACCUUAAUCUCAGCUCUCCGUGGCAGGGGAAUCGACUUCCUGGUCAGUCUGGUUUUAGCUCAUAGCUUGUUCCAGUUCUUCCCAAACCUGCUUUAAUGCUGGGGAGCUCCCAAGGCAGUAGGAGGGAGUUGUGGCUCCAAUGCGUGCUGCAGCACAGACCCUCUCAGUAUCAGCUGUGCCCAGGUCAGUCAUUUUAUGUGUGAUUUUCAGGCAGGAGUCGUCUGGGGAGUCUAUCUGGUAUGUUUAAAAAGCUGCCUUAAAUCAUGGUCCAGCUGUACUAUGUAGAGGACAAUCAGCUUGUUAUAAAGAAACCUUGUUUAAAUACUUGAUGUAUAGAGAACUGAACUGGUUUUUGUAUAUUCCUUGCUGAAGGAUGCACUUAAUAAACUGGAGCUUGUUACUCAAA